GAAAAUGUUUAUAAAAAUUGCGAAUCUUUCCGACGUUAGCCAGGUUUCUCAUAUAAACCGCACAGCCUAACAUGCUUCAAAAUCCAGCUCUUAAUCAAGACACCAACGAUUCAGCGGGUAACAAUGAUGCAAUGUCACUAUUGAGCACGUUUAUGCUCCAAGGCUGGGUCAUGACAGACCAAGCCUGCAAGGUACCUGGUUGCCCAGUACCCAUCAUGCGAUCCAAGGACGGAUCAAUCCGUUUCUGUGUAAAGCAUGACAAGUUGCCAACAACUUCUUCCAGUGGAUCGGCUAUCAAGUCAUCAAGUGCUACAUCGGCAACAGCAGGAGCAGCUGUAACACCAGCACAAGUACAACAACAGCAACCAGCAGCAGCAGCAGCAGCAGCAGCAACAACAACUCAAACAGACGUAGCACAGUCACCGUCAAUUGAAGACGACGUAUACGCAGAACGUGAACGUCGUCGAGAACAGUCAUCUAAAGCGUCACAAUUAAUUGGUCAACGACUGCUUCAGCGCUGGACAUUGCUCAACGAAACUUGUCCUAGCCCUGGCUGCUACGCUAUCCCAUUGAUGCGCGAUCCAUCGAAACAUAUGGUUUGUGUGAUCUGUAACCGAUCGUUUAAUGAAGAUUUGGAACAAGAGAGUCAGCGGUUGGAUAAUACCAAGGAAACAGAGGAUGAGCCGACUGAGUAUAAAGACGAACCAACAGACGAUGAUGAUAGACCGGAGACGGAUAUUGAGUCGUUCGAAGCACCACCAGCCGCACCUGAACGACGACGAUCACAACAACAACAACAGCAGCAGCAGCAGCAAGAACAACAUGAAGCGCCAUCAGAAUUCUUAUCGUUCUCUCCUAUUGCAGACAAGAUGCGCACGUUGUUGCGUCGCGUGGAACGUAGUUCAGACCCCGUAGAACUGAAGCAGCUAUUUGAAGCCAUUGAGGCUGGUGCGGGUGCUAUCAAGGCAUGUUCGGAAGCUUCAGAAGCCGUUCAUAAAGCGUCAAGGAAGUUCGAAUUUAAAUAAACUAAACUUUAAUAAUACCAAUAUUUGUGUAAAUAUCUUGUGGAAUAAAAAAGGACCGCUUAG